CCUCCGCUGCUGGGAAUUGAAGGUGACUGUGAAGAGACAAAGCCCUGCCUGGGGUGGUCUAGGUGGGGAUGGCUCUGCUUCGAGCAGGGGGUCUGGUCCGACCAGGUGUGCCGGCGGCUGGGGAUCAUCGAGGUGGAUUACUUUGGGCUUCAGUUCACCGGCAGCAAAGGCGAGAACCUGUGGCUGAAUCUGCGCAACAGGAUCUCGCAGCAGAUGGAUGGGCUGGCGCCGUACCGCUUCAGACUGCGUGUCAAGUUCUUCGUGGAGCCGCACCUCAUCCUACAGGAGCAGACCAGGCAUAUGUUUUUCUUGCAUAUAAAGGAGGAUCUUUUGGCUGGUAAUCUGCAAUGUUCUUCAGAGCAUGCAAUUGAACUUAGUGCAUUGUUGGCUCAGGUGAGGUUUGGAGAUUACAACCAGAACACAGCCAAGUACAGCUAUGAAGAGUUAUGUGCGAAGGAGCUCACCACUGCCACCUUAGAGAGCAUUACUGCAAAGCACAAGGAACUAGAAGGUUUGAGUCGGGCAUCAGCUGAGUACCAGAUUCUUCAAAUUGUGUCAGCUCAGGAGAACUAUGGAGUAGAGUGGCACUCGGUGAGAGACAGUGAAGGGCAGAAACUUCUUAUUGGUGUUGGUCCUGAAGGCAUUUCCAUCUGUAAAGAUGAUUUCAGCCCCAUUAACAGGAUUGCUUAUCCUGUUGUUCAAAUGGCAACUCAGUCUGGGAAGAAUGUGUAUCUGACCGUCACAAAGGAGUCUGGUAAUAGUGUAGUUCUCUUAUUUAAGAUGGUCAGCACCAGAGCAGCAAGUGGACUCUACAGAGCAAUUACAGAGACUCAUGCAUUUUACAGAUGUGACACAGUUACAAGUGCUGUCAUGAUGCAGUACAGUCGAGAUCUAAAGGGCCACCUAGCAUCCUUGUUCCUGAAUGAAAACAUUAACCUUGGUAAAAAAUAUGUCUUUGACAUUAAACGAACAUCCAAAGAGGUUUACGAUCAUGCAAGAAGGGCUCUUUAUAAUGCUGGUAUUGUGGAUCUUGUUUCAAGAAGUGAUCAGACUCCACCAAGUUCUCCUCUUAAGUCUUCAGAAAGUAGUAUGAACUGUGACAGUUGCGAGGGUCUUAGCUGCCAGCAAACCAAGGCUCUUCAAGAAAAGUUGCGGAAGCUGAAGGAGUCUCUUUUAUGUAUGGUGUGUUGUGAAGAAGAAAUAAAUUCAACCUUUUGUCCCUGUGGCCACACAGUAUGCUGCAAAGCCUGUGCUACCCAGUUGCAGUCAUGUCCAGUCUGUAGGUCUCGAGUAGAGCAUGUCCAGCAUGUGUACUUGCCAACCCACACCAGUCUUCUCAAUCUGACAGUGAUAUGAUCUCCGUGUGUGCUUUUGAACCAUCAUGUACUCUUACAAACUGCACUAGUCUGAACUACCAUUGAUUGUGAAUAAGGCAAUCACUCCAGCACCAGUCUGCAAUCAGAAGCAAAAGUUCUACAACCCUAGUCAUCAAUAUUCUUUUUUCAGCAUGCCCAAGAAGACCUUUGGGAUGCCUUGUGAAAAUAGAAUUCUAAACAAAUUCGUGUCACAUUAAAAGGAGGCAAAAGUACCUUUUGAUGCAUGAGUUUGCAACAUGGUAUUAUAGCUAUAAGCUAGAUAACCCUGUAGAAAUGUGGUGUAAGCAUAUAGAUAUUCCCAGCAGGGGCAAUUCAGUAUGUAAUUUUACACUUUUAUAAUUUUGUUUAUAUUUUCUUCCUUUAGUGUGAUCAAUCCAUUUAUUUUUAGUAGCAAAACUAGUUUUUACGAAGCUGCAACAAUUUUACUAUGGUUCAUAGUUUCUGCUUUUAGCACAUUGUUCUAAAGUUGGGGGUGGGGGAGUUUAAAAUUAAUGUUUUUAAAUUUAGGAUUGCAAGGCUUUUAACAGGGAGGUGCAUUUAAAUCAGCAGUUUAGUCAGCACUAAAUAGAUUUAAUCCAAAUCUUGAUGGUAUGAUUUUGGAAGUUUUGCAAUAGAUCUUAACUUCUGGGUAUUGAGGGUUAGUAUGAAAAAUCUUCAUGAGCAAAGGUUGCCCCAUUAAGGAACUGUUCUGGGACUCUACAUACAUAUCAAACGGGAACAAAACUAUUUCCGCUUGGGAUGUUAUUCUUAUCCUACCAAAAAGAUGCUUCCAGUUUGCCACAAACUGUAAAUCAGUCUUAGCUGUUGUUGGCUGAUUUUACUAAAACUAUCGAAACGCAUACCAUUUUCCAAAAUAAGCUGUGUAUAAUCUUUAAGUGCUUUCCUGAGUUAACUCUUGAUUGGCUUGGUUGUCUUUCAUGCUAAAAAACCCAUUGUUGUUCUCCACUCCCACUUGGGCAUUUUGGACUAUGGUCUACUAGUAUAUUCUCUGAGAUUUAGAGGAAACUAGAGAACCAUAUUUGGGUGCAAUACUAGCUGAAUCAAAGCUAGAAAACUACACUGUCACUUUACUGAGAUUUUUCUGAGUAUACUUUUCAUAUUGCCUUAAUGUAGCAGUAAUGUGUGUAUGCAUUUGUUUCUUUGCACAGACAUUUUGUCAAAAUAUUAAAACUCUACUUUUUUAUGACACAUAUUAGCAUAUAAACCUUACUCCAAGAGGGUAUUUAUUUUUUCACUUUGUAAGGAAAUUUUGUUUCCACAUUGAAGCAAGAACUCUGUCCUAUAUCAUAGACAACUUCUGUCUUUUUGUAUUCAGGUUAAUAAAGGACUUUAAAACCAA